AGAAAUGAUGGAAGAUAACAACCCCCAACACUAUCCACUGUCAACCAAAAUAAACAAAAUCAACAAAAACUAAGAUUUGAAAUCAGAUCAGUCAUCAUCAAAUGGCUCUCUCUUCUUGUUGUGUUACUCUGUCAAACGACAAUAUCAAUAAUACCUUUUUCAAAUCAUCAACCCAUCAUAUCUUCAAUUCUCACACUUCAGCAACUAUCAUCACAUCAAACCCACUUCUCUCAUUUCCAAGAAAACCCCAAUCAACCACCACCCGGAUCGAAUACAUCCCCAACAACAAACCCUUUGAAGUUUCUGGUCAUCAGAGGUGGAGAACUAGGGUUUCGUUCUUUCCUUCCUUUUUGACGAAAGGCAAAGAUAGUGAGAGCCUCAAGGAGGAGCUCUUCGAGGCCAUAGCUCCCCUCGACCGCGGCGCCGAGGCCACUACUGAAGAUCAAGAACGGGUCGAUCAGAUUGCACGUAAACUUGAAGCAAUGAAUAAAACAAAGGAGCCACUGAAGUCUAAUUUGCUGAAUGGAAAGUGGGAACUUCUAUAUACAACAUCUACAUCAAUUCUUCAAACCCAGAGGCCCAAAUUCUUUAGGGCAAACGGAAAAAUCUACCAAGCAAUUAAUUUGGAUACUUUAAGGGCUCAGAACAUGGAAACUUGGCCAUUUUUCAAUCAGGCCACUGCUAAUUUAGUACCUCUAAAUGCGAGAAGGGUGGCUGUUAAAUUCGAUGCUUUCAAAAUUGCUGGUGUGAUACCUAUAAAGGCACGUGGCAGUGGUCGUGGUCAACUAGAAAUCACGUACUUGGAUGAGGAGUUACGGAUAUCAAGAGGCAACGAGGGAAACCUGUUCAUCUUAAGAAUGGUAGAUCCAUCCUACAGAGUUCCUCUUUAAUGUAGCGGUUGCGAGAACUUGCAGUUGAAUUGUGAAGGCUUGAAAAGCUUCCAUAAUUUAAAUUGAUGAAUAAUCUUUCUUCCAGAAAUCUGUCUGUCUCUCUCCCUCGGUGAUUGUAAGCAUGCUAAACCAGACUAUCUGUAUCCAAAUUUAUCAAGAAAUAGAUACGACUCCUUUAGAACUGUCUUCCAUUCCUCCUACCAACUGGAACAUAAGCUUAGAAAUUUAUGUCAUCCCCAAGUUAUAUAACUUGAGGAAGGAGGGAAAUAGAUGGUACAAGUCUUGCUGCCCAGGGCUUAAGAAGAUGAAAGAGAAAAUAUGCAUUUUGAAGCUGCUUUGAAUUAUAUAUAUAUACACACGUCUAUCUACAAAGUCAACUUCAAAGGAUGAGAAUACUGCAAAGGAUGAAAGUUAGAGAGAGAGCUUGUGCCUUGGGAUUUAUUUUUGGUUUCAUCCCACAUCGACAAAGAGAGGGAAAGAGGAGUGAAUAGUUGUCUUAUAAAACAAGCGGCUCAAGAGAAUUCAAAGCAUACCUUUCUCGGCCUUUUGGCUAAGAUCAAGUGUAGUAUCUGUUCUUAUCAGUUUAAUAUCUGGUACGUGGGCCAAUGGCUCACCCAAUAUUAAAUUUAUUUUUUCAGGGGAAGGGUCCACCACAGUAGCUUGCUAUUGGGGCCUUUAAGUGUCGCCCAUGUGUUGCACCAUAGCAUGGGCCUGGCGCACCCCUCCAA